GUUAAACUUUUCGCUGUUUCAGAGGCAAAACCCUGAACCUAAAAUCUCAAACCCCUUCGCAAUCGAACCCGCUCCUCCUCAUUUUCAAAACCAGAAACAAAAGAACCUCUCACCCAUCAAUCUCCACUCCAGAGCUCUCUUCAAAGUUUGCAAAAUGUCGGGUUUCUCAUUCGGAUCUUCUUCUGCCUCCCAAUCUUCAUCCACAUCCCCAUUUUCAUUCGGAUCCUCUUCCCCUUUCUCCACCACCACAAACCCUACCUCCGCCGCUUCUUCUUCUCCUUCCCCUCUUUCUUUCGCAUUCGCCCCCUCUUCCACUUCCUCCUCCACUGGCUCUGCCUUCAACUUUGGAUCCUCUUCGUUCACCGCGCCUUCUUCUCUGUUUGGAUCUUCAUCGGCUUCCUCCGCGCCGGCUUCCUCAGCUCCUUCAAUUUUCGGUUCUUCUGCAACUGGAUCGUCACUGUUCUCCUCAUCCUCAUCUGCUACGACGCCGUUUGGUGGAGCUUCCACACCUCCAACGAAUAUGUUUGGAGGAGCAUCAUCGGCGUCAGCAACGGCUUCCACACCGCUGUUUGGAGGAGCUUCUACGGCUCCAACUAAUCUGUUUGGAGCGCCAUCAUCGGCUUCUUCGACACCGUUUGGGGCACCGUCCUCAGCUUCUUCGACGCCGUUUGGAGCACCGUCCUCAGCUUCUUCGACGCCGUUUGGAGCACCGUCCUCAGCUUCUUCGACGCCGUUUGGAGCACCGUCAUCGGCUUCUUCAACUACGCCAACAUUGUUUGGAGCACCGUCAUCGGCUUCUUCGACUUCCUCAACGCUGUUUGGAGCACCUUCCUCUGGUUCUUCGACUUCUUCAACUCUGUUUGGGGCACCGUCAUCUGCUUCUUCGACUCCGUUUGGAUUUGCGUCGUCAUCGGCUUCAACGACACCGUUUGGAGGAAGUUCAUCUGUUUCGACGACAUCAAAUAUGUUUGGUGGAACACCUUCUGCGACUGCAACAACGACACCGUUUGGGGGAUCUUCUUCUGCAGCAACACAAUCUUUUGGAGCGUUUGGUGGUUCGUCAGUUACUUCUUCAUCUACAACCACAACACCUCCUUUGUUUUCUAACGCAUUCUCUACAAAUGCUUCUUCAACUUCAACCACGACUACGUCUUUUUCAGCGUUUGGAAAGCCCUCUGCUCCAGCAAGUACAACAACUUCGGCUAGCUCAUCGGGAUUCACCUUAGGAAACACAACUUCCUCUGCUUCUCAACCCUCCUUUGGGUUCGGUAAUGCACCUUCCUCUACAGCAUCUUCGUCCGCCUCCACGGUUUCACAGGCGGCUUCCAAGCCGGCAGGCUCUUUCUCGUUUACAACUUCUUCAGCACCACUGUUUUCGACAGUGACAACCACAUCCUCGACAACCACGACUGGGACUGGGGCUGCAGCUGGGUCGGCUUCUGUGCCUGCCUUUGGUGCCACUGCUGCAUCUUCUGCUCCAGCUAGUGGUGGCUUUUCAUUGACAGCUACUCCGGUGGCAUCUACGGGUGCUGGUUCGUCAUCAGCCAGUGGAGGAUCAUCUUUUGCCGGUUUUGGUGUUGGAAGCACUGCAUCCACUGCAUCAACUGUUUCUUUUGGGACGGGGUUUUCAUUUGCUAACAAGGGUUCAACUCCUGCCGUUUCGGCAGCUACUGCUCCUGCAUUUGGAGUGAGCACUUCAACUUCUACUGCUCCAGCAAUUUCAAGUUCGAGCACCAGUGCAACCCAGUUGUCAUCCGCUGUUGUUGUGGCUUCCAGUAGUGGAACUACUUCAACUGUCAGCACAUCAGUAGCUGCUACACCCAAAUUGCCAUCUGAAAUCACAGGGAAGACUGUGGAGGAGAUUAUCAAGGAGUGGAAUUCUGAGUUGCAAGAGAGAACUGGAAAAUUUCGAAAACAAGCUAAUGCAAUAGCUGAAUGGGACCGCAGGAUUUUACAGAAUCGUGAUGUUCUAUUGAGGCUUGAGAUUGAAGUGGCAAAAGUAGUUGAAACACAAUCAAAUUUGGAGCGGCAAUUGGAGUUGAUAGAGACUCAUCAACAUGAGGUUGAUAAGGCCUUACAAAGCGUGGAAGAAGAGGCUGAACGUAUUUACAAGGAUGAGCGUGGUUUACUUCUUGACGAUGAAGCUGCUUCCACACGAGAUGCAAUGUAUGAGCAGUCGGAACUGAUUGAAAGGGAAUUAGAGCAAAUGACAGAGCAGAUCAAGUCAAUUAUUCACUCCCUUAAUUCAAACCAGGGUGGAGAGGUUGAAGCCCCAGAUGGAAUGACUCCACUAGAUGCUGUAGUUCGAAUUUUGAAUAAUCAACUGACUUCUCUGAUGUGGAUUGAUGAAAAGACUGAAGAAUUUUCUACCCGCAUUCAGAAGCUAGCUAACCAAGGCUCUGCUUCAGAUCGUGAAGUGGUGGGAAAUGGGAGCUGGAUGUCUUGAUAUUUCAAAUUUGUAUAGUAUAUCAACACAUUCGAAAACAAGCUAGAGAGUAGACAUUUGUAUGAAGCGGCUAGCAUAAAUUGUGGAGAUUCCGGACGAAGAACUAUUUUAGAAUUAUUACUAAUAAUUUUCCUAUUGACUCCCCAGUAUCUCUUCUAUAAUCCCCAGUAUCUCAUAUAAUUUCAUUUUGAAGCAUUAUGAAAGUUUGACGAUUGUUGGUUGUAAGGAAUGUUGUUUCUUGUUAGAUCCCUUACUGAAAAAGUUGAGAUCUGUACUUAUUUCUGCUGUGAUUUUACAGAUCUUCAAAGGUACUGCUUGUGAAUUUGCAAAUAGUUUAAGUCAAUUCCUUUCAAACACAUGAUUUUUGUAAUUGAUAACAAGGUAGCAUUUAAUUUUUAAAUAUUUUUAGCAGGUCAA